AUGAGCCGCAAGAGCCACCUAGAUCCCUUCCUCUUCCUUUUCCCUCCCCCGUCCCCGGACCGGUAUGCUAGAGAGCCGACGGGAAGGGUAUUCAUCCAAAUGACCGGGACGGGACUGGGAACACGGGACGGCUGGGGAGGAAAAACUUCCCGGCCGAGGGAGGGGGGUGCAAAGGCCUCCCCGCCCUGGUUUUGUCUGUUUUUGUCAUGCCCUUCCCCGGUUGGACCAAUCCACAAAUGA